AUGCUGUGCCGAGGGCACCCGGCCGUCGGCAUAGAGGCGCAUUCCUGUAGUGACUUCGCCUCAGAUGGUAGCAACACCAUCACUGUCUCGCUCUUGAACUAUGUUCAGGACAGUGUAAGCUGGCAGCUUGGGUUCGGGAUCCCAUGCGUCACCAUGGCACUUGCUCUCGCCGUCUUCUUGCUCGGAACCAAGACCUACCGUUUCUACCCUCCAGCAAGAAACGCGGGCCUACUUGCGCAGCUCAGUGAACCACUUGUCGCGAGGAUCAAGUCUUGGCACUCCUCAUGGCGUUCCAAAUUACAUCACGAUUCACAGCCCUUGCUCGACGGCGCUUCAUUGAGGAGCACUGGCGAUGCAGGUUUCCCUCAUGAAGCCACAUCAAUGCUCAAAUUGUUUCCAAUUUGGUCGGCAUGCCUGGUCUACGCAGUUGUCUUCGCGCAGUGGUCUACUUUAUUCACCAAGCAAGCGGGCACGCUGGACAGGAGAGUAGGCAGCUUGGUAGUACCAGCCGCUGCGCUGCAAAACCUGAGCCACGCCGCGGUCAUGAUCUUCCUGCCCAUCUAUGAUCGGAUCCUCGUUCCACUGGCUAGGAAACACACCAAGAACCCUCAUGGCAUCACAAUUCUGCAGAGGAUUGGUGUCGGGCUGGCUACUUCGGUCGUUGCAAUGAUCAUCGCUGCCCUGGUGGAGAUGAAGAGGCUCCGAAUUGCAGCAGACAAUGGCAUCCUGGAUGAACCUGAUGCUGCUGUUCCUAUGAGCUUACUGUGGGUGGUUCCUCAGUUCAUCCUGGCUGGGUUGUCCGGCGUGUUCGGAGUUGUCGGCCUGCAAGAGUUCUUCUAUGACCAGGUGCCAGACUCCCUCCGCAGCUUGGGCAUAGCUCUGUACCUCAGCAUAGCUGGGGUUGGCUGCUUCAUCAGUAGCUUUCUUGUGUACGCCAUUGACAAGGUGACCACUUCUGCGGGAGGGAGCUGGUUCUCGAACAAUCUCAACAGGGCGCAUCUCGAUUACUUCUUCUGGCUUCUGGCUGUGCUCAGUGCCUUGGCUUUCUCUGCUUACCUGCACUUUGCACAGGCUUAUGUUGUUAAGAAAAGGGACAAUUCAGUUUUGGUACAAUGA